UUCUCUGGAGGCGGGGCUUCUCGCAGGUGGAGAUGUACGGAGUACGGAGUGGAGGAAGAUUCACAGCGUGAGCUGGAGACGAGCAGAAAAAGUCUAUUCGAAGGUUAUGCGGCGCAGGGUGGUCGUCCUCAUUGUCAGCGAGAUGACGGGACGACCGGUUUGCAUUCGGACAGGCAGUUAGGAGCGCGUGCUCCCCUGCACAGUAAAUCCCCAAAUACUCGGGACCAGGACUGCAUUUUACCAAGGGUACACGCUGUACACAACCAUUAACGAAAGACUAAAGUUAUAAAGGACCCCUGACCAGACUGGGAUCCAUUCAGAAAGACGGUUUGCAUGCCAGGAUCUUGAUAACUAGCUUCAGGCCACUAUCUGCCCAGCUGUGUCUCUCUGCUCUCAGGGCCCAGGAUGCCCAAGGAACCAAGGGGGAAUGACCAAGGGUGUGUAGGGGAGUGGGAACGCACCUCCCGCCCAGCCAGUAAAAAUGCUAAGGACAUAAGCAACAGCGCCGCCCUUUUGGCCUCUAGAGCAAGAGCACACACAGUACAAGAAACUAAAGGACGCGACUCUGGCUGCUCUGAAAAAGAUUCUGGUUACUCUGACACUGCGUCAGACUCAUUGCAGACAGAUGCAGAUGACCAGCAGAGUAGUGUCAAUGAGCAUCAGGUUCACAAGGGUUUGGGUGGGGCAGACCAGGGCCCUUUACAGGGAAGACACCUCCUGGUGCCUGGGACGUCUGAACUCACUCCCAUAUUCAUCAUUAAGAAUGUGGUGUUGAAACAGCCUGGGCAGUCUGGUCAGGAACACAUCCUCCCUUCAUCUCUGUCCUGGGGAGGAGGUGCUACAGGCCGUCAAGGCCCCACCCAUGUCCUCCUGCUACAACAACCUGGCAUCAAUCAAAGCGCCCCGUUGCACGUUCUCAAACCUCAGUCACAGAGAACCGACAGCAAGAGUGGAAAGAAGAGCAAAAACACUUAUCUCCCCAUCCUAAACUCUUACCCUCGAAUCGCACCACACCCGAGUAAGAAAACACAGGAGAAGACUUCCACCAGCUGGGGGAGUAACACAGAGGAGCACAGAUUGAGUAAGAGAGUAUGCACAGGGAACAAGCGAGAGGAAGUGUCCACAACCACGCAAACGCCCAAGCAACAUGUGCAUAAGCAGCAAGAGUGCAUAGCAUCACUUCCUCAUCAGCACCCGUGUCGCACAUCUAGUCCCUCCCUCAGCGUUAGCUCUCCAUCGGUCUCGAGCACUCAGACUCCUUCUCCGCCCUCCUCUAAUGAUCCAACCGUGCCUCACAUCCAGGCCAGGAAGGAGUCCCAUAAGAAUUGUCAAGUACCGCCUGGUGACCCUGGCGAAAGAUCGAAAGCUCCUAAUGGGACGGGGCGUCAUCGACGGUUCCUCAACACGGUAGAGAUUCUGAGACAGUCGGGUCUGCUUGACAUCACACUGCGGACACAGGAUCUCCUACGCCAAAACGCCACCACCGAACGAGACAUAGCUCAGCUUAGACAACAUGCCCAGCUACUUUGCCAGGCCGCUCAAGUGGGUGCUCAAGAACCGGCUGUCUGGGAGAAGCUCCAUCAAGUCAUGGCUGACUCAGGGCACUAUCCCAGCCUCAAGUGCCUAUGUAUAGACAGCAGUGAGGUUGAGGCGGCAACCAGCACCAAACCUGAUACUCCUGUCAUUUAUGGACUUAAUGGGACUGAAGACAUGGCACCCCCGUCUCCCAUCCUAGCUCUCAUUUCUGAUGCAGAAUGGCGGUCGACUGAUGAUAGCGGCAUCACUCGAGUGCAUAAAGGAACUGCAAGUUCUCCAGAGGAGCGAGUGAUGCCUCCAGAUAGCUCUACACAUGGAAACUCGCAUUAGGACUAGGCUUAAUAAUAGCGUUUUGACUGUAAUGUAUACUGUACCUUCCAUGUUUAUUCUCUUUCUACAUCAAUCAUGCAUGCAUUCACAUCAGCAAUUGUUCAAAUUGUCUGAUCAGAGACAUGCCGAAUGUAAUGCGUAUGUUAGAUACCACUUCUUAGUUUUGUUAUCUUUUUAACAUAGCCAGAAUGAUCAGACACAAUCCGUUACCUACUUGCUCAUCUUUUAUCGAAGUACCUUGUAAUGAAAUCCCAUUUUCAAGAGCUACAGGGUGGUGCAUGAAUUUCCAAAAGUCAAAUGUGAAAUAUGGAAAGGCAAAACUUGGACAGUAUAAUAUGGAAAUCUCAAAGUGAUCUUGGCUGGCAUUGCUAAGGUCUGUAAAGCUUGUUUCUAUGCGCUUAUAUAAAUCUUAUUGCAUUGAUCUGUUUUACAUUUUCAUUUUGGACCAAGACACUUAUUAUUCAAGUUUGGAUUGAGUUUCUAUCAAAAGAAGGGUUAAAUCUUAAUGUGAACUUUUGUUUGACCACAAAGUCUUUGUAUUUGGGAUAUAAUGGUGUUAUGUGCCAGACUUUAUGUAUUCUGCAACAUGUUUUGCAUUACAUCCUCAUUACUGCACCAUUUUUGGCCACGUUUGAUAUAACACGGCACUAAAAAGAUUAGUUUAGUUGACGUAUUUUCCAUUGUUUACUUCCUAUUCAUGAGUCAUAUGUCACUGAUCUUUGUCUAAGGAAGCUGUCAGGCAAUCAAGUAAUCUGCCCACAGAUUUUUACAGCAUUAAAUUGGCUGUCACUCACACAGCCGGUUGUACAAGUCAUUAACCCAUCUGUGUUUAUUUAGAUUUACACGUUUAAAUUUAGUUAUAGAUGUAGCUCAGUCUGUGGAGCAUUGUGUUAGCAGUACAAAGGUUGUGGGUUUCAUUACAUGAAAGAAACAUUUACUCUAAAAUAUGUCUGCAAAUAUGUUUAUGUAAGACACUUCAGCAACAGACAUGUAAUCACUAAACACAUUUUACUAUUAACCAUUGAUAACAUUUAUCAAAAAUGACAUGAUAUAUGCAGACUCUGUCUUGGAGCGAUUGUAAGGUUUUGUGGCCUGUGACUUCUUGAUUAUGAUUGACUGAUUUUCCAUUUUUUCUUUACAUAGAUUUUAAAGGUGCACACAGUUUUAUUUCUGCUCAGAAUAAAUAGUGUGUGUGUGUUUGAUGGACAUCUGAAGCAGAAAUGUCUGUGUUUAAAAUAAAAUACAGAAAAAAAUGCUAUUUAAGUGGUCAAUAUUUGUGCCUCCUUGAUGCAUUUAUAGAGCGUCUUCAGUGUGUACAGUUAGGUGUAUGCCAGUUUGGUUGUGAAUCUAUUGGCUGUUGCCAUGUCAAGGCAAAUAAAAA